AUGGCACUCCCUGAAAAGAAGGACCACCACCGGUCCGAAGAAAGAUUCAGCUUUUUUUCUUCUGAAACCCAGAACACCAUCAGCUCGCCAACCUGGGACGGACUGUUUCCGUCCGGAAACUUGGACCACAUCUUCCAAGAAAAGACGAAGCAGCGUCCGGACCCGUCUCGACCCGUCUGGUGGUUCGAUGUCCGCGAUGCCACUGAAGAAGACGUCUCGCAGGUAGCGCAGGCGCUCUCCAUCCACCCGCUGACGGCCGAGGACAUCGUCAUCCACGAGCCGAGAGAAAAGGUCGAGGUCUUCAAGAACUACUACCUGAUCUCGUUCCAGACGCUGGUGGAUAAUCCGAAAGAAGAAGCUGAACGUCCUGGUUUCCCUCAUCCGGCGGAGAUCUACAUCCUGGUUUUCCAGUACGGAGUUGUGACCUUCUCGCCGAGCGGCUGCCAACACAUUACCCGCGUGCGGGAACGGAUUCGAAAGAUGCACGAUCCGCUGAUCCUGUCCAGUGACUGGAUCUGCUAUGCAUUGAUCGACGACAUCGUCGACUGCUUCGAGCCCUACACACGCGCAGUCGAGCAAGAAUCCGAAGCAAUCGAAGACCAAGUCUUCAUCGCACGAAUCGACGACGUAAAAGCUCUAAUCCCAUCCGUCGAUGCCCUCCGCAAGAAAAUCACGCACAUCAUCCGCUGCCUGCACGGGAAAGUCGACGUGCUAAACGGCUUCGUGAAGCGGUGCCAAGCACCGGAUCGACUGCCCGUGUUUCCGGACGGCGAGUUAUUGAUGUACCUGGGCGAUGUGCAGGACCAUCUGAUCACAACUUUGUCGACGCUGGGCCAUAUUGAUGAAAUCAUUGGUCGGUCGCAGGGGAACUGUCUGGCGCAACUGAGUGCGACGAAUUUGAGAGUUAGUUUGACCAUCAAUUCGGCGUUGAGUAAGGUUACUGUCAUUGCGACGAUUUUUGUGCCGUGUCAUUUGGUGACGGGUAUGUGGGGAAUGAAUGUUGAGGUCCCCGGGCAGAAUGAUGAUGGGCUUGGGUGGUUUUUUACGAUCGUUGGUUGCUUUGUUGCGUUUAUGGUUGUUUGUAUGGGUGUUGCGGCUAAGUUCAAGUUGCUCUGA